AUGCCAUCGUCGACUUCCGCCGCCAGAACCCUCGCGGAGCUCCGCCGUAUUGCCACCCUCACUCGCGGUGGCGCGAAUUCCAAUCACAUCUUCGCAGCCAGGCCGUUCAGCUCCGAUGUAGUCAUUUCGCCCGUAUCUGUUGCCGACCCAACACUUUCUUCUUCCGCUGAUUCAAACGGAAAAGCUUCAAAAUGGUGGCUGUAUCUACCUGGAGCAAUCGCAUUUGGUCUUGGGAGUUGGCAAAUCGUUAGAAGAGAAGAGAAGAUUAAAAUGCUGGAAUAUCGAGGGAAGAGGUUGCAAAUGGAACCAUUGAAAUUCAGCGGUGCUUAUCCGUCGAGCGAGGAGUUAGAUUCUCUGGAAUUUAGAAAAGUGGUGUGCAAGGGAGUUUUUGAUGAUAAAAAAUCAAUCUAUGUGGGGCCCCGUUCACGAAGCAUUUCAGGAGUUACUGAAAAUGGUUACUUUGUUAUAACACCUCUUAUGCCAGUGCAUAAUUAUCCUGACAGUGUGAGCUCUCCAAUUCUAGUUAACAGAGGAUGGGUUCCCCGUAGUUGGAAAGAAAAAUUUUUAGAGGCUUCACAUGAUGAACAGUUUGCAGAUCCACUUCCUUCCCCUUCACAAUCCGAUGGAACCAGAUCUUGGUGGAGAUUCUGGUCUAAAGAGCCUGUUAGCAGCGAGGAUCAGGACCCAUCUGUAACGCCCAACAAAGUGAUUGGUGUAGUUCGUGGAAGUGAGAAACCAAGCAUUUUUGUUCCUGCAAAUGAUCCCGAGUCUUCCCAGUGGUUCUAUAUUGAUGUUCCUAGCAUUGCCCGAGAGUGCGGCCUUCCAGAAAACACCAUAUAUGUUGAAGAUGUUAAUGAGAAUAUCAAUCCAAGUAAUCCUUAUCCUCUUCCUAAGGAUGUCAAUACCUUGAUUCGAAGCUCGGUGAUGCCUCAGGAUCACCUAAACUACAUAUUGACGUGGUACUCUCUUUCUGCAGCAGUUACAUUUAUGGCUUUCAAGAGGCUAAGACAGAAAAAUAAGAGGAGAUAG